AUGGAUCUGGAUGACUCCAGCAUGAGCGAGGACAUGAUGGUGGCUGUGAGAUCCUCGCCGCUCCCUGAACGCCGGCCAAGCACGGAGCUGCGCCUAGCAGAGAUCGAAGGUCUGCAGAAGGCUUUGGCCUCGAAGGAGGGCCGCCACUGUCGUGAGCACUUCGCAGUGCGAAGGAGGCUCCACCAGCUUCAGACUGCGCAGGCUCGUGCGAACGAAGGUGGCGUCUCCGAUGCCUCGACCUCGGGGCCGAUCUUGGACGAGGCGCUGAAAACGCACCGCCGUGGCGAGGGCGCCACUGUGGAUGACCUGGAGCAGGUGAAGGCUGCGCUGGAAGAGCUCCGCCGCGGUGGUGAGGAAGAGCGGCUCCACCGCAGUCAGCUGGAGGAGCGAGUCUUGCGGGAGAUCGAGGACCUCAAGUCGUUUUCGCCUUGCCCGUCGUCACCCAGCCUCGCGACGCUGGAGCGCCAUCCCGCCAGGAGCCUCAGUCGACAGAACCUCCUGGCCGAGGAGCGUGAGCGGAAGCGCUCGCAGGCGAACGAGGUGCUCCACGCCGAGGUGCAGGAGCUCUCUGACACGUUGGCCGAGCUUCGCGUCACGUGCGCGGAUGAGCUUGAGGCGCAGCGCUUGGAGAAGCGCCAAGCGCUGUCGGAGCUAGCCCAAGCGGAGGAGAAGCUGGCACAGGCUCCUGCGCGCGAGGAGGCGUUGAGGGCCGAGCUGGCCCAAGCGGCGGCCGAACUGGGCCGUGCUCGACAUGCUGUGAAGGAGCAGGACGAGGCCUUGAAGGCAUUCUGGAGCCUCCAGACCUCCUAUCAGCACGAGCUCGAGGAGGUCGAGAGGCAUGAGAAGCAGACGGCGGUCCUGCACGAAGACUGCUUGGGCCGCCUUAAGUGGUUAGGGGUUUAG